AUGAAAGUUCCCUUUACAACGAUAGUCGCUUUAUCAGCAGUAUGGUGCUUGUACGCAUCUGCUCAAGUAUUUCGUCCUCGUAGAUUAUCCAAUCCAGGAUUGAGGUCUCAACAACAGCCAGAAUACAGAACGUGCAUCGGACAAACAGCUGCUGGGGAUGAAAUGAGAGUUACAUUUUAUUCGCGCAGAUCAACAUCGUCAAACUGGUGGCAAUCCGGUAGAAUAACCAAUGAUAUUCAAGUUAAAGCAACUAUUAAUUCCAGAUCUCUGACGAACAAAUUUAGACUGGUAACAACACAAUAUGGAAGAAUUGACGGAAUGUGUGAAAGUGAAAGUUUAGGAAACAUUAUUGACGAAAAUGCGUUCACACGAGUAGCCAAUGUUCGAAUUGGAGGACAAAAGAGUAGAAACAUUGGUUUUAUUGGAACAGACUUUUCCCUUUCUCCAGGAAAAUCAGUACGAAUCACCGAUCAUAUACAGUCUAUGUUAAACUUAGAUAUUAUAGCUGGAGGUGGCAUGGCGUUAUGCCCAGUACAACAAAUAGUUGGUGUCAGAUGUAUUGAUCUCAUUUCUUUGUGCUGUUCGAUUUCAAAAGACACUAAACCUGCUGAUAUUAUCGAAGAGCCUGGUUUUUCGGGAGAUAUUUCUGGAAAUCAGUUUUCAAAUGUCCAGAGUGAGGUUGGAAAUAGUAUAGUAUUAUCCAAUGGAGUUAGUAGCAAUGCACAAAUAUCUAAUGGGGUAAUAGUAAACCCAGCUUUUAAUGGAGGCCAAAAUCGAAUUACAAACCGCAAUACUGACGGUCGUCUGGUUGGUAACGGUCCAAUAUUAAAUGGUGGAAACAUUGAUGCUGCUAAAGAUGUACAAAAUGCACCAAUGCAAAAUACUAACAGUAUGCAAAUGGGUCCAGUACAAGGUUAA